AUGCGGGAAGUGUUUAGCAUGGACGAGCUGGAAAGUGUAAUGGAAGAGUGCAGGGACAAACUGGUUGUCAUUGACUUCUGGGCGGGCUGGUGCGGGCCAUGCAAGAUCAUAGGUCCAAUGUUUGAGAGGCUUGCAAAAGACACCUCAUUGACGUCGAAAGUCGAGUUUGUCAAAGUUGAUGUGGAUGAAGCCCAGGACAUUGCAGAAUGGGUCGGUGUAGAAUGCAUGCCAAUGAUUGUGUUCUACCGAGCAGGUGAAAAGAUUGAUGAAUUUGCCGGCGCCAAUACGAAGGUUCUGGAAGAGAAGAUCAGAGAAUACGCAAGCAGCUGAUGUCUCAUGGUGUCUUUGUGAAACAUGGUUGUGUUUCACAUGUUUUUUGUCAAACCUGAUAUUGUUCCGCCUGUUACCUUCUUUAACCUGAGUUUGUAUUUACUUUGCUACUCUAUAACGGUGAAUUUGUCUCAUACCUGAUUUUCUAUAAUAUGUGUUUUGUACAACGUAGCAUAUCAUAUGAAUUUGUGAAAUUUUGUUCUGAUUUUAACGUGUAUGAGUAAAGCCUGGUUUUUCUUCACAUGU